AUGGCCCCCUCCCCAGACAGCAGCGGCGCAGCCGACUCCAACACGCCCUUGGCGAAGCCCACCUGGCGGCGCGCCAUGUUGUCUCUGUUCACCACCCACCCGCCUGCCAAGGCCGAGCAACACGCUCAGGGUCCAACACCGCCAACCGGCGUCCAAACCCCGCCCCAGCAAACAAAGUCGUGGAAGCUCUUAUACCUGGAUCGUGUCUCUCCAAGAUGGCGUCUCCCAAUCCUCAUCGCCCUCAUCAUGCUCGUCACCGUCUGCAUAGUUCUUUCCGCCGUGCUCAGCGUCGUCCUGUCGCACGAAACUUCAACCGCCCCCGCCGCCCCCCAGCAGCCCCACGGCUUCAACCCCAUCCUGCCUCCCGCCUACCCACUGGCUGUCAGAAACCCCUACCUCUCAGCAUGGAUCCCCGGAGGUGAGGCCCUGCAACUGCCGCGCCGCCAAGCCGAAUUCUGGCGCGGCCAAAAGCUGGGAUGGAGCGUCAUGGCCCAGGUCGACGAUGAACUGUACAGCUUGUUCGGAAUGCCCAACCCGCAGGGCAACGUCACCGCCGCCGUCGUCGAUGGCGCCGAGUACACUUCCACCCGGACCGACUUCAACCUGACCGCCGGACACGCCACCUUCACCCUUUCAUUCCUCUCCCCCGUCUUCCCCGGCACCGACGAUGCAAGCCUGAGGCAGCAGAGUCUCCCGCUCAGCUUCCUCACCGUCACUGCCCGUCCCAAGUCGGGCCAGCCGGAUGUCAAGAUUUACUCGGACAUCGGCCACGAAUGGCUCGGUGCUGCCGAAGCUCCCUCGGACAUCGCCCUUUCGAAAUCCACCGAGGGCUCCACGCACAUGUGGACCUGGGAUCGCGAGUCGGGCGAUGUCUACAGGGAGAAUGACAACAUGGCAAAAUGGGGCCAGGUCUUCUACGCUUCCGCCGCUCAGGACGGGUCCGUCAUGACCAUGAGCUUUGGGGCCCGUGACGAUGUUCGUAAAACUUUUGUCGACAAGCUUGAGCUGGGAGCACUCAAAGCCGACGCCCCCAAGUACCAAGGCAGCAACAAUCCCGUGUCUGCCUAUGCCCACGACCUUGGCAAGAUCAGCAAAGAAAAUAAGGCCGUGUUCGGCGUCGGUAUGACGCGCGACAAGGCAAUCAAUUUCUACGGAAGCGACGAAACCUACUUCUACCGCGCAAAAUACCCCAAGACGGAACAGCUUGUCAACGCCGUGUCGGACGCUUUCGAUGCCUUGGACGCCACCCAGGACUCGUGCACGAGCUUGGACAACAAGGUCGUGAGCGAAUCCAUGCAGGUGGGAGGCCAGAACUACUCGGACAUCACCACCCUCUCUCUGCGCCAGGUCUUCGGCGCCAUGGACGUCACCAUCCCGUACAAGUCCAAGGACACCAGCCAGGCCAACGUUUGGAUGAAAGAGAUCUCAUCCAACGGCGACAUCCAGACCCUCGACAUCAUCAUGCCCGCAUCGCCGCUGUUCUACUGGCUGAGCCCCGGUUACAUCCGUCUGAUGCUUCGGCCCAUCGCUAUUUACCUGGAAACCGGCGGCUGGCCGCAUCCGUGGGCCGUGCACGACCUGGGCGACCGCGGGUUCCAGGACGGAGGAUACCCCCGCGCCGUGGGCCACGACAACGGCCACAGCGAAUCCAUGCCGCUCGAGUCGUCGGGCAACCUGCUCAUCCUGGCCCGCAUGUACCACAAGGCUGCCACAAACCGCGACGAAGCCGACCGGUUCGUGAAGGACCACAAGAAGCUCUUCACCGGUUACGCCACCUACCUCGAGCGCAACGGGCUCAAGCCGGAAAACCAGCUCUCGACCAACGACGGCGCCGGCCCGCUCCCCAACCAGACCAACCUCGCCAUCAAGGCCGCCGUUGGCCUCGCCGCUUAUGGCGCCAUGUACGACAACAAGACGGCAACCACAUCCGCGCGCGACAUGGCCAAGAAGAUCGCAAACAAAGACCACGGCCUCUCCUCCGACGGCUCGCACCUCACCCUGCGCUACGGCCACGACGAGUCGUGGACCACGGCCUUCAACCUGUACCCGGACGUCCUCUUGGGCCUCGAAACCUUCUCCUCCGACAUCAUCGACCUCCAGAGCUCGUACUACCGCACCCUCCGCGCCAACGCCACCCUCCUCCACGCCGCCUUCGCCGCCUCGUCCGCCUCCCCGCACCGCGACAACGACGCCGACGCCGGCUCCGACGAAUACCACGCCAUCGGCUUGCCCAUCGACUCCCGCGGCGACUACGGCUCCAGCAACUGGAUGGCCUUCGCCGGCGCCACCGCGGGCGCCAACGCGAAGAGCGCGGUGGGCGAGUCGUUCAUCGACGACAUCCACGCCUUCUUGGCGAACCGGCUCAACGCCGUCGCGUUUUGCGAUCGCUUCUUCGUCAUGGGCAAGAACUCGGGCAUGGCCAGUCCGGGCCAUUCGACUUUUCGCGCCAGGCCCGUCGUCGGGGGGCAUUUUGCGUUUUUGGCGAGGACGGUGCGGUGA